CGCAAUUGCAAUUAAUGUUCUGUAAUGUUAAAGUCUCCUGUAACACGCGUACUUUAUGCUCCUGAUUUGUAGACCCAAAAAUAUUUUUCUUUUGAAAUUCAGGAAUUCUCUUUCAAAUUUCGUUUCGGUACUUUGGAACCCAAAGAUGGGGCAGGAUGAAAUUCUUCAGCGCAUCCAACAAAACAAUAAAAGAGGUGAGGAAAUGGUUCAGUUGAUCCAAAGCGAGCUUCCCAUGUUAAGAAAAGUAGCUGAGAAGAAGUACUAUGAAAAAUUACUAAACGAAUUGAAAGAAAAGAACACCCGUUUAAAACUCGAAUUGGAAUAUUGGAAAAGUAAAGUAAUUGAGGUUGAAGUUAUGAAUGGAAUUCAGCAAUAUCCCUUGCCAAGUAGCUCUGUUAAAGUGCCUGCUGCUAAAGUUGAGCUCAAAGAUGCCGCUUUGAGUUCUUCCUCGGAUGUAGUUGAUUCUAAAUCCAGCGAAGCGCCAAGUAAAGCUGAUGACUAUAAAUCAAAAAGUGGGGUCAAUAAAGAAAAGCAGACUAAAACUGCUAAACCAGAAAAGAAACCAAAAGAAAAACCUGCAAGUACAAAAGAGGAGGAUAGGGAAGUCAAUGUUAGCAGGUUGGAUUUUCGCGUAGGGCGAAUAUUAUCCGCCAAGAAGCACCCAGAUGCUGAGAGCUUAUACGUUGAAGAAAUUGAUGUGGGGGAGGAAAAGCCAAGAACAGUAGUGUCCGGUCUGGUGAAAUUCGUCCCUCUGGAAGAAAUGCAAAAUCGUCUUGUGAUCGUCCUUUGCAAUUUGAAACCAGCGAAGAUGAGAGGCAUAACCUCCGAAGCCAUGGUGAUGUGUGCCUCAACCCCAGAGAAAGUUGAAAUUUUGAUUCCUCCCGCUGGAAGUUUACCUGGUGACCGAGUUGUGUGCGAAGAAUUUCCCGGUGAACCUGACGCUUUGCUACCACCAAAGAAGAAAAUUUUUGAGCAAGUUGCUCCGGAUCUUAAAACAAAUAUGGAAAAAAUUGCCACCUAUAAAUCUGCUCCUUUGAAAGUUCUUAACAAAGGUGUCAUUAGCUCUGCAACCCUUACAAAUGUCAUGAUAAAAUAAUAAAUGAUGUUUAAA